AUGCGCGCCAACCUCGGCUUCGACUGGUUCUUCAUCGGCUACUGCCUCAUGAGCCUCACGAUCGCCAUCAUAUGCGAUGCCGAAGCCGUCUUGCACGACCCUGCCACGUACGGCAAGGUUGAGCCCCUUGUAAACUGGCCGCCGCAAGCCGUCGUGCUAGCGCUGCAUGAUUGGUGCCGGCGCUUUGACCCACUCUUGGGUGCGCGUCCGCUGUGGUUCUUGGUGUGCUUUUACAUGGAGAUGACGCUCCAGGUGCCGUACUACAUUGCGGCGACGUACGCCUUCCUGCACGGCUGCGAAUGGAUCCGCGUCCCGACGCUCGUCUACGCCUCCAUGUCGAUGACCACGAUGGCCAUCGUCCUCGUCGAGCAGUUCUUUGGCGAGUUUGCGACGCCGGCGCCGCUCGUGAUCCUCGGUUCGUACCUUCCCUUUGCGAUCGCACCCGUCUUCUUCCUCUACCGCGCGCGUGGCACGACCAUGUUUGCGGCCAAGACCAAGCAGGCGUAA